AUGUCUUCAUCUCCAAUUCCCAUGUCCCAUGAUCACAUUGAGCUCAAUCCACAAUUUCCCCCAAGGCGGCCACAGCAGCAAGAGCAGCAUCAGCAACCACCGUUCCUGUCGACUCAGUCUCCGCAAGCACAACAACCAUACCUACCUCGCCGUGGAGGAGUAUCAGGUCCUCUUAAGAUUCACCACAUUCGGAAGACAAAGCCCAUCACCUGGUUCACCACCUGGUUAGGUGUAAUCUGCUGCGCCAUAUUCUGGAUCAUCGUCAUACUCGCGGGUUUAGCGAUCCUUAUUGUCUACCUCACAUUCAAGCCUCGAAGCCCACGCUUCGAAGUCUCAAGCGUUACCCUCGAUGCGGCUUACAUAGAUACAGGAUCUCUGCUCAAUGCCGACCUCACUAUCCUCACCAAUUUCACCAAUCCAAACAAGAGGGUGAGCGUGGAUUUCAGUUUCAUGGUCCUUCAGCUCUUCUACGAAGAUACCCUAAUCGCAACCCGAGCCAUCGAUCCUUUUUCCGUCUCAAGCAUGGAGACGAGGUUUCGCUCUGUGGAGAUGAUCUCCAGCCAAGUUUCUCUCCCCAUAGAUGUCUCAGAGACACUGAGGAAGCAGAUGGGUGGAAAUGGAGUCGUUUUCAACCUCCAGGGCUCAUUUCGAACUCGAUCUAAUUUUGGGAGUUUCUUCCAUUAUUCGUACUGGUUGUAUAGCAAAUGCACCAUUGUUACGACUAGUCCUCCUAGUGGAAUCUUGAUAGCACACAAAUGCAGAACGAAGCGUUGAGAUCGAUGAAACCCAACCCAACAAAAUCAUCAAUUGUUGAUUAUGUUGCAGAACAGAUCCAUCAGGAAAGUUAUAAUUGGGAAUUGAGAGUAUAUAUCCAUCUUUUUUACGGUCAUUUUAUACUCUUUACAAAUCCAUUUUGUUAUUGGAGAAGUGUUUGUAUUUAAACGACUUUGGUAAAACAGAGAGAUGAGUGAACUUUGCCUCUAAU